UUGCAGAGGGUUUUUUUUUUCAAUCUCUCCCUCCCUCUCUUUUGGAGGGUUUGUAAUAAGACACACACUCUUCUUUCCAAGGGUUCACACUAGAGCAGAGCAAAGAGCUGUUUAACUUGGAAGAACAAUACGCUGGGGCUUUUUGGUGCUGCAAAGAGAUCUUCUUCUUUACCUUUCCUGGCUUAAACUAGAAUUCUUCCUCUCCCUGGCCCCACAAUGACAGCAAUUUCUGCACUCAGUGGUGCCCUUUUACUGUCCAUUUUCUGUGACACAAGUGCAGUAGGGUUACUCAAUUCCACUGACCUGUUCCUGUCAGCCAAUAAUGACACACAUGGUGAGGCAACUUUGAACACUCAUCUGGAUCCUCCCAACCUCCCCAAAGCCAGGAGGAAACGAUACAUUUCACAGAAUGACAUGAUUGCUAUUCUGGAUUAUCACAAUCAAGUUCGAGGCAAAGUCUUCCCACCUGCCUCCAACAUGGAAUAUAUGGUAUGGGAUGAAAAUCUAGCAAAAUCUGCUGAAGCUUGGGCUGCUACCUGCAUUUGGGACCAUGGGCCAUCUUAUUUAUUGAGAUUCCUGGGUCAAAAUCUGUCUGUACGGACUGGACGGUAUCGAUCUAUUCUCCAGCUGGUGAAGCCAUGGUAUGAUGAAGUGAAAGACUAUGCAUUCCCUUACCCUCAGGACUGCAAUCCGAGGUGUCCAAUGAGAUGCUAUGGACCUAUGUGUACACAUUAUACUCAGAUGGUCUGGGCUACUUCCAAUCGAAUAGGCUGUGCAAUCCAGACGUGCAACAAUAUGAAUGUCUGGGGCUCGAUUUGGCGACGAGCUGUGUAUUUGGUAUGCAAUUAUGCCCCUAAGGGGAACUGGAUUGGAGAAGCACCCUAUAAAGUUGGGGUUCCAUGUUCUGCUUGUCCCCCCAGCUACGGAGGAUCGUGCACUAACAAUCUUUGCUUUCCAGGAGUAACAUCGAAUUACUUAUACUGGUUUAAGUAAAACUGUGCAACAUUCUGAUUACUGUUGAA